CUGCGUCUCCGGCACCCCAGGCUCGCGAAGCUGGGAGGGGAGUGCGGGGCGGGGCCUUGGCAGGAAGGCGAGGGCUGCUUCUCUAUCUCGCGCGGACGUCUCACGUUUCUGGGUUCACGGGAGGGGGCGGGGCGAGAACGGGGUGGGGCGCCCCGCGCCCGGACUCCGCCUCCCGCCCCUCCUCUGUCUCCUCCCCUUCCCUCGACGCACCCCUAGGGAGGGGUGGAAGGGUGGGGAUUCUGGGCCGGUGGCGGAGUCACUGUCGCUUCAGCCAGGCUGCAGAGCGGACGGACGCGCCUGAUGCCCCGGGGAGGGGCGCCACCAGGGCAGGAGGAGGAGGAAGAGAGGAAGAGACGCCCUCUCUGCCCGAGACCUCUAGAGACUGACCUCAGGGGGAUAGGGGACUGACAAGAGAGGGGAGCCAAGUUCUUCCUUGGGCUGCCUGAAGAAGCCUUAACCCUGGAGGGCCCUGAGCCCACAGCACCAGUGGCCCCAGCACCACCUCGGGGGGCCUAAAGCGACAGUCUUUAGGGACCACUGCCAGGUUUCCAGUUGCCUGAACAACGAGCCCCGGGUCAGAGCAACAACCUUUCCAGCCACCUGCCUGGACUGCUGCUUUAGGCACCAGUCCCAGCCCCCUGCUUGCCAGCCCAGGUGACAUGCCGGUGCUUUCCACCCCUCGGUCCUCACGGGUCACUACGCUGAAGCGCACAGCCGUGGUCCUGGCUCUCACGGCCUAUGGAGUCCACAAAAUCUACCCGCUGGUGCGGCAGUGCCUGGCUCCGGCCAGGGACCCCCAGGUGCCAACCAGGGAGCCAACGCAAGAGGUCUCCGGGGCCACAGUGGCCAAGGCUGGCAUGAACCGGGUAUUCCUGCAGCGACUCCUGUGGCUCCUGCGGCUGCUGUUCCCCAGGGUGGUGUGCCGGGAGACGGGGCUGCUUGCACUGCACUCGGCCGCUCUGGUGAGCAGGACUUUCCUGUCGGUGUAUGUGGCCCGCCUGGACGGAAGGCUGGCCCGCUGCAUCGUGCGCAAGGACCCACAGGCGUUCGGCUGGCAGCUGCUGCAGUGGCUCCUCAUCGCCCUCCCUGCCACCUUCAUCAACAGUGCCAUCCGCUACCUAGAGGGCCAGCUGGCCCUGUCUUUCCGCAGCCGUCUGGUGGCCCAUGCCUACAGCCUCUACUUCUCUCAACAGACCUACUACCGAGUCAGCAACAUGGAUGGUCGGCUUCGCAACCCCGACCACUCCCUAACGGAGGAUGUGGUGGCCUUUGCUGCCUCGGUGGCCCACCUCUACUCCAACCUAACCAAGCCGCUCCUGGAUGUGGCUGUGACUUCCUACACCCUGCUACGAGCGGCCCGUUCCCGCGGGGCCGGCACAGCCUGGCCCUCAGCUAUUGCUGGCCUCGUGGUGUUCCUCACUGCCAAUGUGCUGCGGGCCUGCUCACCCAAGUUUGGGGAGCUGGUGGCAGAGGAGGCACGGCGGAAGGGGGAACUACGCUACAUGCACUCUCGUGUGGUGGCCAACUCGGAGGAGAUUGCCUUCUAUGGGGGCCACAAGGUGGAGCUGGCCCUGCUGCAGCACUCCUACCAGGACCUGGCCUCACAGAUCAACCUCAUUCUUCUGGAACGCCUGUGGUAUGUCAUGCUGGAGCAAUUCCUCAUGAAGUAUGUGUGGAGUGCCUCAGGGCUACUCAUGGUGGCCGUCCCCAUCAUCACUGCCACUGGCUACUCAGAGUCAGACUCGGAGGCCACAAAGAAAGCAGCCUUGGAGAAGAGGGAGGAGGAGCUGGUGAGUGAGCGCACUGAGGCCUUCACCAUUGCCCGCAACCUGCUCACAGCAGCUGCAGAUGCCAUUGAGCGGAUCAUGUCAUCAUACAAGGAGGUGACAGAACUGGCUGGCUACACAGCCCGAGUUCAUGAGAUGUUCCAGGUGUUUGAAGAUGUCCAGCACUGUCGUUUUAAGAGGGCUGGGGAACUGGAGGAUGCUCAGCUGGGGUCCGGGGCCAUGGUGAGGUCUGGUGUCUAUAUGGAAGGGCCCCUGAAGAUUCAAGGUCAGGUUGUGGACGUGGAGCAGGGGAUCAUCUGUGAGAACAUCCCCAUCAUCACACCCACAGGAGAGGUGGUGGUGACUAGCCUCAACAUGAGGGUGGAAGAGGGCAUGCACCUGCUCAUCACUGGCCCCAAUGGCUGCGGCAAGAGCUCUCUGUUCCGGGUCCUGGGCGGGCUCUGGCCCACGUAUGGAGGCGUGCUUUACAAGCCCCCACCCCAACGCAUGUUCUACAUCCCACAGAGGCCCUACAUGUCCGUGGGCUCCCUACGUGACCAGGUUAUCUACCCAGACUCGGUAGAGGACAUGCGCAGAAAGGGCUACUCUGAGCGGCACCUGGAGGCCAUCCUGGACAUUGUGCACCUGCACCACAUUCUGCAGCGAGAAGGAGGUUGGGAAGCCGUGUGUGAUUGGAAGGACGUCCUCUCAGGGGGCGAGAAGCAGAGAAUUGGCAUGGCCCGCAUGUUCUACCACAGGCCCAAAUAUGCCCUGUUGGAUGAGUGUACCAGCGCCGUGAGCAUCGACGUGGAAGGCAAGAUCUUCCAGGCGGCCAAGGAUGCUGGCAUUGCCCUCCUCUCCAUCACCCACCGGCCCUCGCUGUGGAAGUACCACACACACUUGCUGCAGUUCGAUGGGCAGGGUAGCUGGAAGUUUGAGAAGCUGGACUCAGCUGCACGCCUAAGCCUGACAGAGGAGAAGCAGCGGCUAGAGCAGCAGCUGGCAGGGAUCCCCAAGAUGCAGCAGCGCCUCCAGGAGCUCCGGCAGAUCCUAGGCGAGGCCGUGGCCCCGGGGCAGCCUCCAGUGCUGAGACCCCAAGGCCCAGUCUCUCAAGACCAUAUGGCCCAUCCCCUCAGGAUGGCCAGCUUAGGCUCCUGUCCCAUGGGAUGCCCUUCCUGCCAUAGAAGUGACCAGAUGGGACGCCCAGUGAGACAGAGCCCCUUGUCUGCAUCCUCUUCUCCUGCCAGUAGUCCCAAAACACCCUCACAAAGGACACAACAUCCCCUACUGAAGGCGCUAACAGCCCCAGCCCUUUCCCUGUCUGCAGCCUAAUUUAUUGGAUUCCUGUUGUAGCCAUCUCGAUUGCCAAUGUGAGUUCCUGCCAGCAGGGGAGGCAGCCCGGCUUCUGAGUCCCAGAGCUUUGGCUUCCACCAACGCCAAACCCAACCCCUGGGCAGCCAGUCACCCCGCCAGCCUACACUGCCAGCCACCACUGGGAGGCAAGGGCCUCUGCUUGCCAGCCGGGAGCAAGAGCACCAUGUUCCAAGCUCAGUGCCAAAGAGGGGUCAGCCGGGCAGCUGUCUCUACAGAGCCAGUCCUGACCUGGAGGAAGACCCCACUGUCACCGUGUGCCUUUCCCGGGCCCUCAGCCCCCUCAGUAAAACCUCACGUGGAAA